UCUGCAGACCUCACUUUUUCCACUCCAUUUUGGAACCCCUGUACACGUACACAGCAGCUUAUGUGGGCUGUGUUGCCACAGGGAUGUUUCAAAACAGACAUUUGAUGUUCCAAUUCAGGACACUGCUUCUGCUGACUGGGCUGUUUUGGAGUGGCCCUGAAAUACUUCACGAGUAGAUUUCAAGAUUGUCAACUUUCAUUUUGCCACCAUGAGGGAACAGGUUUUUUCAUUGACAAUGAGCUGAGAAGUUGACAGGCAGGAGCACGAGGAGGAAGAGGAAGAGAAGCUAUAUCCUUGACUGCCCCUUUCGGCCUAGGCUGUACAUGAACAAGAAAUCUAUGGGCAAUGGCAGUAACUUUAACCCUAGUUUCCCUUCCAAAACACUUCAGUAAUCAGCACAUCACGCUCUUUCCCACGAAGCUCAAGUAAAACACAAUUCGGAAUAUAUAUUCCAAAACAAAUGUAUAAAUUAUGUCAUUCCACAAUGCACAUGUGGCUCAGCACUAUAGGGUAGUAUAAAAAGGACCAGAAGAACAAUAGUGAUAGGUAAUUUGAUAAUUGGGUGAAUAAGUAGGUAUUUCUGUGACUGCAGAUGUGAAUCUAGGAUGGUGCAUUGCCCCUCUGCUGCCAGGGUCAUGGCUGUCACUGUGUAGCAGCAGAACAUCCUGAGUGGGGAUGGUAAAUAGUCAAUAGUAUCAUCGUCUUUGUCUGUCUGAAAUUACAUAGGUAAGAAGAGGUGAUCCUGCAGUCAGAAUUAACGGUGCCAGGUAGGAAAUUAGCAAACAGAAAAUCAAACCUAGUCAUCUCUGGAUUACUGCUGGUAACACUUACAAGUCAAUUUGGAAAUAGAUGAAGGUGUGGCUGGAGAAGUGGGGCAGGAAUGAGGGCUUUAGAUUCUUAGGAUAUUGGGACUGACCUCAGGAGAAAUGUUACCUGUACAAGCUGGAAUUUUUAAACCUGAACAGAACCUUAACUGAGAUCCCCACAAGACAUCUUGUUAGUACUAUUCAGUGAGGUUUAAUUAAUUUGGUAGGGCAAUAAUAACCAAAUAAUACUGGGAGAGAUAACACUAGAAUAUAUGUGGAAACAUGAUGCUUUGGCUAUCUCCAAAUUUAAUGGAUGCUACAAGUGAUGCAUGUUGUUGACUGAGCACAGAAUGGUCUUGGUAAUAAUUACAAUUCUGUUGUAUUUAACGUAAUGGAGCUUAAUGCAGACUCAGAACCAACAUGGAUUCUUUCCGAAAUAUUACCUUACCUAAGAUCUUCCCAACUUGUUUUGUUGGAAAUGUUCCAAAGAGUGUGGAGAUAAAAACAAUUGAUAAUGAUCACCAGCACCUGAGUACUUUCUCAAUAUAACAGGAAAGUUUACCUCCUAGCUGCAACAUUCUAACUGAGACAAGGUUCAAGUUUCUUCUGGUUUCAUUGAACCAUUCCCAAAUAAAGUUCAAACCUUCAUCUCUAGAUUUUCUUUUCAAUCCUUAUGGGCAGCAUCUCUUUUUAAGUAGUAUUCAUAGUGAAUGUGUUUACAGCAUUAAAGUCCAAUAAGCAUUUGUAUUGGCAGGUAAUUUACAAAUAACCAAUGACAGCUUAGGCUGAGAGAAGACCAUAUCAAUACUUGUGAAAGGAGCACAGCAUUAUUUUCCUCAUGACUGGUCACACUGUGAAUCUCUACCCUUGCGAGACUGAUCGCUCCAGAAGUGUGGCGCCCUGUCAACCAGCAUGUUAUUUAGCCUGAGAUGGUCUCUCGUAUCAGUCUUCAUUGGAGCAGUGUAUAUUAUUGGAUGUGAUUCAAGAACAAACCCAAACGGUUUCAGCAACAACAGGUUACUGCAAAAUGGCACAAUGGAGGAAAGGUUUACUUAUACAAAAAAAGCGAUACCACAGAAUGUCACGGGCACCGUGCCAUUGGUCAAAGGUUUUGUCUCUACAGCAGUUGCUGUGAUUUGUUUUGGCAGUAAUUUUGUUCCAGUGAAGAAAAUUGAUACAGGAGAUGGUCUAUUUUUCCAGUGGAUUUUUUGUACUGCAGUGUGGGUUGUCUCACUGGUGGUCCAUCUGAUUCAGCAGUGUCCACAGUUCUGGCCUCUCACGAUGCUGGGUGGAUUUCUGUGGGCUACAGGAAAUAUCACAGUUAUUCCUAUCUUGAAAACAGUUGGGCUUGGCAUGGGAGGUUUAAUCUGGGCUACCUUUAGCCUUUUAAUGGGCUGGGCUAGUUCAAGGUUUGGCUGGUUUGGAUUGGAUGUGCAAAAAGUUCCAAGUCCUAUUCUAAACUACAUUGGAACAGCAUUAGCAGCUUUAAGUGGCUGCAGUCUUGCCAUGUGUGCGGGUUUACUGUAUGGCUCUAGCUUUGUACCAGUCCUCUACAUUAAGAACCAUGCUGAGAGAAAUGAAACCGAGUUUUUUGGUGCAAGUCAGUUUGAUAUGGAUUAUGUUUUUGCAUACUGCAGUGGGAUUAUUCUAACCAGUACAAUCUAUUUUCUCAUAUACUGUGCAGUGAAGAAAAACAAACCAAGUGUUUAUUCAACUGCAAUAUUACCUGCUUUCUUUUCAGGACUCCUGUGGGGCAUAGCAAACAGUGCAUGGUUUCUGGCAAACUAUUUCCUUGGUGCAGUUAUCACUUUUCCUCUUGUUACUGCUGGUCCUGCUGUAAUCUCGCUAACGUGGGGAGUAUUUUACUUUAAAGAGAUAAAGGGUUUACAGAACUUCAUAAUCCUGGGUGUAGUACUUGCAGUUGCAGUUACUGGAACAAUACUCAUAGGCUUAUCUAAAAUAGAGGGAAUUGCCUAAUGCACAUCGUGGAAAACAGAAUAGCAGAGUACCUACCGUCUCUCAGAAGGAAUAAAAACCCUUCUGUACUGAACCUGAUACAAAUUAUAAUAAAUAUUUGAUUGUAUUUUUGUGUGCAAUAUUAUGUCAAAUGUCUAAGUUGACGCAAAUAUCAUAACAUAGAUGCACUUCUAGUUGAAGUGCAUUGAUUUAAAUACACUAUGUAGUCAUUAAAAAGCAGAAAUUAAUUGUAAGUAGCGUUUUAGCAGAAAAGUGUUAUUGUAAUGCUGAGACUGAUUCUCAGUCUCUUACCAGGAUUCUAUUCUAUUCCCUGUACAUUUUUUUUGAGUUGGACUGUAUGCUAAUAAAGGAGGCAAUUUGUGUAACAAGAAAAGGUUAUUAUCUGUACAAGUUACAGCAGAAUAUCCUGUGUGCAUGUUCUCCCUUCAUUCCAUAUGGCUUGGACUUUAUAGUCAAUAUCAGUGGUGUAAUUGCUGGCAGUCACCUCAAAUACAUUGUGAAACUGACGAGAUCUUUUGACAUCAGCACAGAAGUCCAGAAAUUGCUGUCAGUGAUUUCUAACUUGUCCACAGAGAGUCACUGCCAAUAGAAUUCAUUUAGAUUAAUUUGAUGUGAGUUUCCACUUUUUAUGUUAUUAAUCCUGAUGUAAAAUGCAUUCUUGUUAAACAAUGUGUUAAAUCAUAAUUAUUGAUUUUUGGCUGUAAAAAAAGUGAUUGGCUGUUUAGCUUGCAAAUGAUACCACUGCUGCUGGGCGCCAGAGAUCUCCUCAGUCAGUCCAAAAUUGGAGUUUAUUAGGAAAGGUGAAAUCCACACAACAGUGAUUGCAAGAUUUUUCAGGGAGCUUUAGGACGAUGGUGAAUGCCCUUAUCUCAGAUAGACCACUCAGUCCAAACCCCUCUGAUUCAGUUAUUUUCAUCCAUUCCUUGUUUUGUUUUUACUCUAUGGAGCAACCUAAGAGGAGGCCUCCAUAAAUUAAGAUGGCAUUAGCAGGUUGAGGAAAUGGAGGCAAAAACAAAAAUCAGAGUCACAAAUAAAGGACAUAGAAUACCAUAAAAGCAAAAAGGGCACUUCAACCCAAUUCUCAAGAUUCCCUGUGGAUAGGUUUGUGCCCACCAAAAUAUUAAAUGUUUAAUAUUAACCAAUUACUAAUGCAAUCAAGUCAUUCAUCUUAACAGGUUAAAGUGUUAGGAAAGUGUUGUUGAAUAAGAAUUCCAAUCAGGAAUCUUGAGAUCAAGUAGGUCACAUUGAUUAGUCAAAAUCAGAGGCACCCAAUCACAAAAAUAUUUACUCAACAUGGCACACUCUCUUCCUUUUAAAAAUAAAUGAAUGCGUAAAGCAAGAUCUAAACAGCAUAAUUGGAGGACGAGUAUUCCUAUUCAGUGUUGGGAAGGGAGAGUGCACAUUAGCUAAAAAUAAGGUUAUAAUAUUAAAAUAUUUGAAGAUGCUUUUACAACAGCGAAUAGAAAGAUGAGAGGACUAAUUAAUUGAGUUACAGAGGAGAAAAAGAUUUGUAAUUGUGUUAUUUGUGGAAAAUCAAUGAUCAGAACUGAUGGUCUGUCUUCAGCAUGUAAGAUUUAAUUGGUGAAUAUUUUUUGAGCAAUAAUCUAUUUAGAUUGUAAGGUGAAGCACCAGGGAAUCAGUGGUGAAGAAUGAUAGCUAUGCAAUACAUUUGUGUAGAAAGGAAAAUGUAAAUAAAGAUUACUUGACAUUUG